AUGUCUGAUCCCACAACUAGUAUUGUUUACACAGAAAUCGCCCGCCUCAACUUCACUACUGAGGAAAGAACCGCCCUGCGGUCUUUCUUUAGCAAUCAUAAGGAAACAAAGAACGAAGCGGAGGAAGUCCUUCCAACCUGUGCUACGGACGUUGAGAAA